UUCAUCGAGCAACUCUAUGGAUUUCGCGGUGCGCAAGAUGAUGCUGCUGCUUCUGGCGCUCUGUGUCUGCCAAGGACUCGCCGAGCCGCCACUCUUGAGUGGUCAGUACGGGGUGCCUGGAAAUUUUGCCAAUCCCCAGGGCUCGCAGCAGUACGUUCCGCCGCUGACCAACAGCUACGGCGCUCCUCUCGGGGACGUCUCGGGCUAUGGGCACGGGGGCACUGGCGGUAACGCCGGUGGUCACCAUGACGAGCAUCAGGAUUACAUCGAUAGCCAGCCGAAAUCAUACGAGUUCGGAUACGCAGUGAAGGAUGCAGCCUCGGGCAACGACUUUGGCAGACGCGAAACAAGCGACGGCGAGACAGUACGGGGCGAAUACAGGGUGCAGUUGCCGGACGGUCGCACCCAGAUCGUCACCUACACAGCCGACUGGCGCACCGGCUUCCACGCGGACGUCCGCUACGAGGGCGUCGCUCAAUAUCCCGACCAGUACAAUCAAGGAUAUAAUGCCAAUGCCAACAAUCAAGGGGGCUACGAUUAUCCUACCAAUAAUAACAUCGAUGCUGGAUACAACGCAGGCGGCAAUCACGGCGGCUACAACAAUUACCAAGGUGGAGGCGGUAAUAGCGGCUACAACGGAGGUGGCGGCGGUUACAAUAAUUACCAGUACGGCUCUAACUCCGUCGACGGUGGCUACUCGGGUGGAAGCUCCUUCGCACCACCACCACCACCAGCGCCUUCAUCACCUUCGUCGCAAUACGGUGUUCCCUUCCACCGAUAGUACCGUGUGUCUUCCGCUCUCUCUCUCUCUCUCUCUCUCUUUCUCUAUCUCUUUGUAAGCGUGCACGCGCGUAAGAGAUGCCUUGUUUUCUAAGUUCCAAGUAUGUACAAGCGCUGUAAAUUUUGCUGACCCAGACAUAAAGACGGUUCAUUGCAAGAAGCGAGAAGCGUAAUCUGUGGGACGGCCGAAUGCCGCCUCGUUUGUGUAUACUCUGUAUUAUAUUUUUACUCUUUUACCUCUGCUUUACGAUGUUACUUUCAACACUUAACGAUAGACUGUACUAUGGUUCACAUUACCCAUGACUUUCUUGCAGCAGUAUCUCGAUCGUUAUUUCGUUUACAAAAUUUAUCGAUUUUUUUUUUUAUUUGAAGAUGUUCGAACGCAAUA